AUGCCUCGGGGGCAAAAGAGUAAGCGCCCUGCCCGUGAGAAACGCCACCAGGCCCGGAGUGAGGCUCAGCGUCUCCAAGAUGCUCAGGCCCCUGCAGCAGAGGAAGAAGAGUCUCUCUCCUCCCCCACCCCUCCUCUUGGUGGUGCCAAGAGCCAAGAUGAAGAAAAACCAAGCACCUCUCAGGCAUCACUCAGCACUGAUUUUUCCUGCAGAACCACUGCAGACCAGAAGGCAAUUCUGUUGGUGCAAUUCCUGCUGUGCAAGUAUAACAUGAGAGAGCCCAUUACAAAGGAGGGUAUGCUGAAGCAUGUCAUUGGAAAGUACAAGGAGCACUUCCACGAGAUCCUCAGGAGAGCCUCUGAGCUGAUGGUGCUGGCUUUUGGCAUUGAUGUGAAGGAAGUCGAUCCCACCAGGCACUGCUAUGCCCUUGUCAGCAAAUUUCAGCGCACCAGUGAUGACAGGAUGACGGGUGAGGAGAUCAUGCCCAAGACCGGCCUCCUUAUGACAGUCCUCUGUGUGAUCUUCAUGAAGGGCAACUGCGCCACUGAGGAGGAUAUCUGGGAAGUACUCAAUGUGAUGGGGAUAUAUGCUGGAAAGAAGCACUUCAUCCAUGGGGAGCCCAAGAAGCUCAUCACCAAAGAUUUGGUGCAGGAAAGGUACCUGGAGUACCGCCAGGUGCCCAACAGUGAUCCUCCGCGCUAUGAGUUCCUGGGGGGCCCGAGAGCCCUGGCUGAAACCAGCAAGAUGAAAGUCCUUGAAUUCUUGGCCAAGAUUCAUGAUACGGUCCCCAGUGCCUUCCCACUCUUGUAUGAAGAGGCUUUGAGAGAUGAGGAAGAGAGAGCCCGAGCCAGAUUUGCAGCUAUGCUUCUCACUGGUGCUGUGGCCAGUGUGCAUUCUGGGGCCGACUUCCGGGGCAGCUUCUCCCACCUGUAG